UGAGAGGCAAAAAACAACCAGCUCAAAAAAAAAAAACAAAAAAUAAAAUAAAAUUAAAAUUAUUGAAAGACACAUAUAAGGAAAAACCCCGUUAAGACGUUUUUCUUUUACCCCUUUUAACUUUUUUAGAGUCAAAAUAAAAUCCAUUUAUCCCAAAUCAACUGGAAGAAGGUGAAAAACAAUGGAGGCCACCAGCACAACGAACAGCAGCAGUUCAACACCAACUUCUUCGUCUCUGAGAUGGAAAAUUCUCCGCAGAGCUCUUCUUCGGAAACAUUCAUCUGUUCCAGAUGACCAUUCUGACAUGGGUCUGAAUCGGGUAUCGCGAAAGGCAACUCAGGGUUUCAAUUUGAUUCCUCGGCUUAUCGUGGACGAUCACUCUGGAGAGCCUUCAGAUACUUUGUUGAGCAGAAAUACUCUAUUGGGAAGCUCAAAAGAUGCUUUCUUGUGCUACAAAUUGCCUAUUCAUAACUCCCCCUACAUUCGUCUGUGUCAGAGAGUGGAUGAUGGUGCGGACCUAAAUGACUUUGAAGUGUGUAACAGACAUAAUAUUGAUAAUACUGGACUAGUGUGUCUGUGGCCAUCUGAAGAUGUACUUGCUUACUAUUCCUUGUCAAAUACUGAUAUGUUCAGAGAUAAAAGAGUAAUUGAACUGGGAUCAGGCUAUGGUUUAGCCGGCUUAGUUAUUGCUGUGGUCACAGAAGCACUCGAGGUUGUCAUCACCGAUGGAAACCCUCAAGUUGUUGACUAUAUACAGCAGAGUAUUGAAGCAAACUCUGGUGCAUUUGGCGGUUCACAAGUGAAAUCAAUGGUGCUGCACUGGAAUCAUCCUGAGAAGAUCGAUAUGUUGAACAGCUUUGACAUCAUUGUCGCCAGCGACUGUACUUUCUUCAAAGAAUUCCACAAGGAUCUUGCUCGAACCAUCAGAAUGUUGUUGAAGAAGAAGAGCUCCUCCGAAGCCAUAUUGCUGAGCCCUAGAAGAGGUGAUUCAUUGGACAAGUUUUUAUUGGAAAUAGAAAAUUUUGGCUUGCAAUUUACCGUAACUGAGAUGUAUAAUUCAGAAGUUUGGAGACUCCAUGAAAAUUUUAUGGACGGCGACGAAUCCUGGCCUAACUAUGACAAGGAUCACUGCUAUCCUCUUUUGGUUAGGAUAACAUUGUAGCUUUCACAAAAGAUGAGGAUUUUUCAUUCAUUUCACUAGCUUUGUUUCCCAUUGAAUUGUAUCCACUUGAAGUUUUUUUCUGACAUUAUAAACAAAAAACGUCCCAUUGCUAGAUAGGCCCACAUCUUUGUAGUUUUCACUUUUAUGUACAAUGUUCUUAUUCCUUAGAUAAGGAAGGCUUUCUGUUCUGUUCUGCAUUGCUUGCAAAAUGCGUUACUGCCUUAUCCCAGUAUGAGAAACCAUGUCUGAUUGUUUCUAUGUAAUGGCUGCAUUUAUAGAUUGAGACUCCCACAUGAAGUCGUAAACAGUUUAUUUGACGACUUGG